AUGCCGCUGUUCACCUUAUGCCAACAGGGUAUUGAUACCAUUUUCAGCAAUGCCCGAAUAACGGGUGCACAAAUCAUCUAUGUUGAUAACGGACUGCAACAGCCGCAUUACUACGGGAAACCCAAUGCGGAUGAACCCGGGAAAAUAACCGGCACUACUGUUUUCCAGGCCGCGUCUUUAAGUAAAGCAGUAAUGGCCUAUAUUACCCUGCGCCUGCUGGAUAAAGAACUGAUUGCACUGGAUACCCCGCUGUACCGUUACUAUCCCUAUGAACGCAUCAAAAAAGACGAAGCGGCAAAAAAAAUAACCGCCCGCAUGGUAUUGCAGCAUACCUCCGGCUUUCCCAACUGGGCCACCAACCCUAUCUCAAAACAAUGGGCCGGUUCCGCACUCAGUACAGGGUUUACACCCGGCAGCAGCUGGUCUUAUUCCGGCGAAGGAUUUAUGUUCCUGCAGUUUGCAGUAGAAAAAAUCCUGAAAAAAUCACUGGAGAAGAUUGCUGCAGACGAAGUCUUUAUACCCUUUCAAAUGAACUCCAGCAGUUUUCUGUGGCGGCCGUCAUACACAGAAGAUGGCGCUUACGGCCACAAUAAAAAUGGUGAACUUACCGGCCGGCCGGAAGCAUUUCUGCCCGGUGCUGCUUAUUCACUGCUUACUACUGCGGAGGACUACAAUCGUUUUUUACAGGCCGUAAUACAUGGCCGGGGACUCAGCAAGACCACCCACCAGCUGAUGCUGAAUGACAGGGUGCCCGUAAGUAAGAAAGACAGCAUCCUGAGCGAAGCAGCUAGUAAACAUGGGGUGUCGUCCCGCAUGGUUCAGUUGGUGGUGGCCGGUGACAAAACGAACGAAGCAAUUUUCACUGACUACAUGACCUACAAGCAGGAACAUAACAGAUUGCUUAAAGCAGUGAAGGAACUGGUGCCAUUUGAUUAA